CUGCUUCCCCCAUGCCUUUUCAGUACGGAAACAGACACCUUCACAUAACAGUCUCUCUCCACAAGAUAUUUUCAAAAGCAGUUUUGUUCAACACUCGAAAUGGCUCCCAUUCAGAACAGUAAUGCGUGCGAGGUUAAUACAGCUUCGUCUAAAGUCAAGUGCUGCCGCUGCGGAGGGUCGAAGAGCUCCUGGGACAUGUUCCUUCCCAUCACUCACAGGGGAAGCUUCUUCCAGGAUUCCUUCUUCUCCAACAUUCACCAGCAUUUCGACGCUGCCGUCAGGGAGGUUCUGGACAAGUGGAGUGGCUCUGACAUCAAGCUGACUAACCACACGGAGGACGCGAACACCCGCCACAGUGAUGUCAUUGGCCGCUACAGAAGGCUUCGAUCCAUCGACCUGAAGGAGGAGAACCAGGCUGUCACUGUCACGUCGGAUGACACAAGUCACAAGGUGGUGCUGGACGUGCAUGAGUUCCUGGGAGGAGACGUGACGGUGAAGGUGGUUGACGAGAAGGAGCUGGUGGUGGAAGGACGCGUGGAAAAGAAGGAGGAGGGAAGUUCCUGUGUGGCACUGCACUCCUUCAGACGCCGCUUCUCCCUGCCACGCCUUACCAACAUGGCGGCCAUCACCUCCGCCAUGUCCUCCGACGGUGUCCUCACCAUCACAGUGCCCAAACUGGAAAACGAAGACAAUCAAAGAACUACCAUCAUCCCCAUCAAGAUCGAAGAGACGAAUUCACAGACAAAGUCUUCCAAAACAACAGCUCCUCAAAACACAAAUAAGCAGGAAAUCAGAUGCGAACACUGCAGUCGGGACGCCGUCUCCAAGAAGGCAGUCAAUGAAACGUGUGUCAAGAAAGAGAGCGAGUCCUGUGAAUCUGAGAAAAGAUCCUCGACACUAGAUUCCUUCGCUGGACACAACGUGCUCCCGAUCGUGCGCAAAGGACUCUUCUUCGACGAUUCCUUCUUCCAGGAAAGCUGGAAGGAUUUCCAGAGGGCGGUGAAGGAAGUGUUGAACAAGUGGGGGGAACAGUCCUCCAUUGGCGACGACCUAACGCGCUACAGGAGUCUCCGAAGUCGUGAUUUGAGAGAAGAAAACCAGGCUGUCACUUCCUCGGAGGAUGAACGUCAACACAAGUUCGUUCUUGACGUGAAAGAUUUCAGUGACGGCGGAGAGAUCAGCGUGAAGGCAGUGAACGACAGAGAGUUGGUGGUCGAAGGCCGCAAGGAGAAGCAGGGAGACGGGUCGAGGUGUUCUCAGCGGUUCGUUCGGCGUUUCGUCGUUCCUGGAGACAUCGAACUUGAUGCCGUUACCUCAGUCGUGUCUUCUGAUGGUGUGCUCACUAUCUCGGCACCUAAGAAGCAGCCGAAGCUCCAGGUGAAGGAGGUUUCCGUGCCCAUAAGCAUUGAAGGAAAGAAAACUGAUCCUGCCGUCACCGUUAUGCAGAGUGGAAAUCUCAAAUCGAACGAGGCCACAACAAGGAAAACAAAGGAAAAUAAACCGCAAAAUGCCACUCCCGUACCUAGCGCCACCUCCGCUCCGUCCAAGGUACCCUCGACAGCCAGUUCGACUCACGGACCCGAGAAAACUUCAUCCUCAAACCAGGUGAUGGAGGUUUCCGUGCCCAUAAGCAUUGAAGGAAAGAAAACUGAUCCUGCCGUCACCGUUAUGCAGAGUGGAAAUCUCAAAUCGAAUGAGGCUUCAACAGGCGCUGUCGCAAAGGAAAAUAAACCGCAAAAUGCCACUCCCGUACCCAGCGCCAUCUCCGCUCCGUCCAAGGUACCUUCGACAGCCAGUUCGACUCACGGACCCGACGAAACUUCAUCCUCAAACCAGAAAGGAGAUUCUCAGCAGCACACCACCGUAAUUCCCGUUAGAGUCCAGGGAACAGAAGAGAUUCCAGAGAAGCAGACCUGUUCCCCUUCCAAGACUUCGACAGGAGGUCGAGACGAAGACGCCCCCGCCAGAUCCACCUCCUUCGCCGCGAGAAGAAAAGGAAGCGACGCUGAAGAAGGCAACCAGGAAGACAAGGACCUCUAUAAGCUGAAGGGAAGCGGAGCCAGGUUCCCCAUCAAGAUUAAUGGAUCUGUGAUUAAUACCAACUCGAUCUAAUUUAAACUGAACAUUCCAGAAGUAAUACAUAUGAGAAGAAAAGAGAAAGAAAACAUUUUUACACAGAAUCGAUCUGACUAAAAGAUAUUUUGUAAUCAAAUAUUUGCGUUUAUAUUGGAAUAAAUUUUGCCGUACUU